UGGAACCAACCUACCAGUGCAUUCCAGAGUGCAAUUGUACCCAGAAAACAUUGACCCAUGUUCAGAAGAAUGUGAGGCUCUGACAAUAAUUUCAUCUCUGAAGCCCUGCCGUGCCUCAUGGACUGUAAAGGGUCAUCAUCCGCUUCAGGAGCAGGUGCUCAAUUAUGUCCUGGAUGUUACGAGACCUGGAAAUGAGCUCAUCAUCAAGGAUGGACCAACUUGCCUUUGCAGAAGUGACAUCUUGACCCUUGGACUUCAGAGACAAAUGGAAUCAGUGGUAGGGAAUGGGUGCUUCAGGUUGGUCAGGGAGAUGGCAAAUAUCCAGGGAAGGGAUGUUUUUGUUGCUGACCUGUACGUCACCCCAACAUGGCUCGAUCCUGGAAACACUGAUCCCCUGCUCCAUUUCCCAAAAGAUGCUGACCAGAAAGAUGCCCUAAUCAUCCCCCUUUGGAUUCCAGGGCAUUUUCUUCUGAGUGUAAUGAGGCCACUCCAGAAAGAAAUCUUCUUUCUGGAUUCGCUGUACUUCAGAAGAGCUGAUGGUUUCUCUAGUCAGGCCUACAGGGAGCUGUUGAGAGGUCUUGCACAGCAGAUUGUUGCGGGAGCCUGGACAGAGAAGACUGCCCUGGAUUUGAAGGAUGUUCCUAAGCAGACACAUGGCAAUGACUGUGGUGUCUUCAUGAUAAUGUAUGCCUGGUACUUUGCCAUGGAUGCCUGCUUUGACUUCGGUGUUGAUGACAUGUGUCUCCUUAGAAGAUGGUGGUGCAUUGUUCUCUUGGAGAACUUUGGGCUGGAAGGGUAUGGAAGGAAGUUUGCUCAUUUUACAGAUGAAGGAAAGGCAACUCUUCGUGACAAUGUACCACCAGUAUUCAGGAUCACACGCAAAAGAAAACUUGAAAGCCCCAUGGUCAGUGAGGACCUUAUACAGUAUCCAUCACUCCAGCCUGUUUGA